AUGGACACCUGCUCAGUCCUGGGAGCCUUGCUGAGGUUACCCCUGCCUCCACCACGGGCUCGCACCCAGCUGUGGUGUCUUCCUGUGGGGUUUUAUGUGGAUGUUUGGCUGGCUGACUGCGUCUUCGGCCCAGACCAAGCCGUAAUUCCAGAAACGGAAUGGAAAAGCCGGGCCCUGCUGACGGUGGACAUAGUUAACCCUGGGAACUUGGUCGAAAUCACCAUCCUUGGACAGCCCCGUGUACAAAACCAAGUGAAGCGCGUGCUCCUGAGCCUCUCGUCCUGGCCCCCGGAACAUCGUGCCCGAGUUGUGAUGAUGGAACAACUUGAGGAGUCCUUGAAGGCCUGUGCACCCUGUCCCCAGACUCCCCAGUGUCCUGUUGCUUAA